UUCGAUUAAUAAUACAAUAUAAUAAUUGUCGUAAGGGGAAGUGAUGAUAGAAGAAGGUGAUUGAAGUCGGUGACAGUCGUCGAACAUGAAGGAAUGUGCAUCCUUUGAGAAAAUUUGUCGCAGUUCACGGAAGUGUACGAUUUAUGGAAGAAUUUAAAUCGUCGCACCGAGGAGUCUUUGGUACUUUCGCUCGCGGGCCGUGCAGAUGAGCGUGAUAUCAAGGGAAAGAAGGCGAAUCGUUGGGAUCCGGUACCCGAUGCUGGCGGCGUUGGGGCUGCUCCUGGUGUUGACGGACGCCGGGGCUGUUCACCAACAAUCGAACCUUCUCCUAUCCUACGCGAACACGUCGUUUGGAUUCCCCGGGACCACGUCUAAUCGCGGUAUUUCAGUAACCAGGGUUCUGCAAGACGGGGAACUCGAACGUGUGAUCCGGUUGCCUGGAAUUUGCGCCAAGGAGACCAUCGUCAAUUGGGGAUACACGGACGUUGCAUUGAGACAAGUCUGGAUACAGAAGACGGGGAGAAAAUUGCAAUUGAUAUACGAGGGUGGCACAUUGACCGACUGCAUGGACGAUAUACUCACCGAUAGCGAAGAGAGAUCUUGUACGUCAAGCACGCAUUUGGACGACGAUUAUGACGACGAGAUAUCCGUGGAAUUGUUCGAGGUGGACGGGCAGGAGGAUGCAUUGAGGAUCCCCCAAGAUCUAUCCUGGCUCUCCUCCGUGUCCAACUUACGUCAUCGAUGUACCCACGUAAGGAACAGAGCGCGAAAUCAACUGAUUUCUCAGCAUCGGCGAAGGAAAUAUUCAAAGCUUUUAAAUGGAACGAAUAGCGGCCACCGUCAGAGACGAGGUAAAAGCCGUUCUCGAAGAGACUUGUUGAUGAUCCCAGGAACACAAUGGUGCGGUCGUGGUCAUAGGGCCACGAAAUAUACGAACUUAGGCGGUUUUGGCACAGCAGAUGCUUGCUGUCGAAGACACGACACAGCGUGUCCCUUUUUCAUUCCGGCUUUCGAGACACGCUACGGUUUCUUCAACUGGGGUAUCUCAAGCAUGAUGCAUUGUGCCUGUGAUGAACGAUUUCGAACGUGUUUGAAGAUGGCGGGCACAGCAUCGGCAAAUUUUAUCGGCAAGAUUUUCUUUGAUGUUUUAAGAACGAAAUGUUUCAUAUUGAAACCGCAAAAGGUUUGUACGAAAUGGUCCUGGAUGGGCAAAUGCCAGCAUUAUGAAUAUCGAAAGCAGGCUCAUGUUCGCGAUAAUGUUCCUUAUCAUUAAAAUGGAAAAGUAGCGGAUAUGUUUGGGGAUAUUCUUUUUCUAGAAAUGUCAAUACCAAUUCUCAGGGAUGUAAUAGUUUAUCGAAAGUGUUCGAUCAUGACUUAAAGGCAACAGAUCAGAGAUAAAAACAAUCAUCCUCUUUAACUUUUUAACUACAUGAAUGACAAUACAUAGUGGUCACGAUAGAAAAUUUAAUCAUUAGAACAGAUUUGAAAUUGAUUUGAAUUUAAUAUAUUUCAAAUUUCUCGCAACUUUUCAUCAUGUUGAGUUAAUUUUGAUUUGCAAUAAAAAAAUAAAUUCGAAUAUCUGAAAUAUUCAAAAUAAUAAUUAUAAAUCAUGUAAUAAAAAUCAAUAAUAGAAAUUUUCAAUUUUUGAUUUUUCAAUAAAUUUUUCAUUAAAUUCUCUUUAAAUGGCAAAUAAUAAAAAGAAACGAUAAAUGAAAUCGAGAAAUGAAAUCGUUUGAAAUAGACAGGGUAUCAUUUCUAUUAUCUAUAAGUAUAUACUAACUAUGUAGUCUUUAUUGUUCUCAAAGAUGCCAAAUAAAUUAUUCUGUAGAUAAAUCAUAAUAAAAAUGUACAUAUAUUA